AUAUUGAAGGUGACCUAGGUGAUACGCCUAGCGGCUGAUAUUUAAUCGGCACCUGAGGGAAAAGACACAACGCGUGUGGAUUGCUUAUCCCUGGUGCUAAAGACAAGAGUGCUAAAGGUACGUUAUUACGGUCUUCGCAAUUUAAUAAAAAUUGAGCCGCUGACACUAAGUGACUUUCAAAUUGUACCAAAUCAGUGUUGUUAAACCAUGUGCUACCAAGCUCAUUUGCCCCACAUAGGCACCAUAUUAAAGAUUUAUGAUGUCUGCGGUGUUGAUUAAUCCUAUCAUGAUAAAUUACUUGGCAUAGCUUAUAGAAAAGGAAACUUAACCUAUAUUCCGUAGGACUAUGGACGAUCUUCGCUGCCGAAUCGACCUUCUGGAAUCGUGCACUACUUAUGGAAUCGUAUCCUCGAGCACUACAGCUCGAUCCAGCUGCGUAUCUGACGACCCCUUCGUUAGCCUGGGAUGCGAUGAAGCUAAUGACAGGGGUCAAAAUAGAGCUCAUGACGGAGCACGAGCAGGUGCAAUACGUCAUGAAAAACAUCCGCGGGGGGUUGGUCCAAUGCAAUCAACAUUAUGCAAAGGCCAACAAUAAAUAUAUGGAGGACUUUGACUCGACGGAAGAGUUAUCGUACAUCAUGCAGUUAGACGAAAAUAACCUUUACGGGUGUGCGAUGAGCCUUCCGAUUGGUGAGUUCCAUUUCUUAACCCCGCGGAGCUCGCAACUUUUGACCCCCAGAUACGUCACUCAUUACAGGUGCUUACAGCAAGGCGUUGCCAACGGGGUGGUUCUCCGGAGAAUCCAUAGCGCACUUCGGUUUCGGCAGCGUGUUAGGAUCCGUCCGUUCAUCGAAACGAACACGAGAUUGCGCGCUGUGACCGGGACAAAGUUUGAGGGCAACUUGCCAAAACUCAUGUCGAACUCGGUUUACGGCAAGGCGCUCGAGAACCCUGAAAAACGACCCAAAGUGCACAUUGUCACGCGCUGGAGAAACGUCAAGCAGAGACUAGGAGCCGGUGUUUUGAUAGCUAAACCCACGUUCGACAGCGUGGCGAUCUUUACCCCGUCCAUGGCGGCCGUGCAGAUGACCAAAUCGGUUAUCAAGUACGACCGGCCGUCAUACGCGGGUUUCGCCGUGCUGGAGCUGUCAAAAUACAUUCUGUACGACUUCCAUUACGGGUACAUGGUACCCAAAUAUGGCUCUAAAGCGCGUGUCAUCUAUGGAGACACGGAUAGUCUGUUUUAUUGGGUUGAAACCGACGAUUUUUAUGCUGACAUGAAGGCUGAUAUCGACAAGUACGAUACCAGCAACUUCAGUCCGGACUACCCAUACGGAAUGCCUUUGGUCAACAAAAUGCUUUUAUGGAAGAUGUAGGACGAUGCUGGUGGUAACAUCGUCCUAUUAUUCAUCGGCCUUCGGAGCAAGUCGGUACUGCUCCGAUUCGGUCGAACCGUCGAUGAAUAAAAAAAAGCUGAAAGGCAUUCAACGCGCGGUCGUGGAAAAGACGAUCACCCCCCAAGACUACUACGACUGUCUCGUUAUCCCAAACCACAAGGUAAUGAGACAGACGUGUACGUUUCGGUCGAAACGUCAUAGGUUGACCACCGAAAUGUGCACGAAACUAGCGAUGGAGUACAAAGACGACAAGCGGUACCAAAUACCCAAUUUGUUUUUGACACUCCCCUGGGGUCAUUAUCGUAUCGCAGACGAUGAACCGGACAUUGACUAACCGGUGGCGGUGACGAUGGAUUUGACAGUGUAAAUUAAACCAAGACGGACUCUUUUUGUAUUUAAUUUUUAGUUUUUUAUUUUGUAAAUAAUGUAUAAUGAUAGUCAAGACCUGUCUCUUUUUGUAUUUAUUUUUAUUUUUAUUUUUUUUGUAAA